AUGGGUCGUGUUAGAACAAAAACCGUUAAGAGAGCUUCUAAGGCUUUGAUUGAGCGUUACUACCCAAAGUUGACUUUGGACUUUGAGACCAACAAGCGUUUGACCUCUGAGAUUGCUACCAUCCCAUCCAAGCGUUUGAGAAACAAGAUUGCUGGUUACACCACCCACUUGAUGAAGAGAAUUCAAAAGGGUCCAGUUAGAGGUAUUUCCUUCAAGUUGCAAGAGGAGGAGCGUGAGAGAAAGGACCAAUACGUUCCAGAAGUUUCCGCUUUGGACUUGUCUCACACCAAGAACCAAUUGGAGGUUGACCAACAAACCGCUGACUUGGUUAAGUCUUUGGGUUUCGACUUGCCAAUCUCUGUCAUUGCUGUUUCUUCUCAAAGAGGUGCUGAGAGACGUUUCAGAAAGAGAAACUAA